UGCUGCUAACAUACUUUCUAUGCUUCCUCCGAUCCAUUUUACAACUCGGUUAUUCAUUUUCAGCGCAGCGCCGAGCCGACAGCGUUGGACUAAUGACGGGUCAUGACCAAUUCAGGCUAAUAUACUUCGUCAUUAUUUUAAACAAUGUGUGAGGCAAUUUAAGCAAUAACUCCAAAUAAGUGAGCGUGGGUGUUGCACGAGGGCGCCCCGUGAUUAACUGGGCUGCCUCCCAGCGAGCAUCCAGUAUUACUUAACUCGGAACUGAACUAAAGGGUUGGCGAUAAAGGAAUACUGUAUAGCGUUGGUAAGGGAAUAAGCGCCUUAGAUUGACAGAAAGAAAACUACAACUCCCAGAGCGCAACACGCCAAACCCGUUUCCUCAACCUAAGCCGGGUGCACCUGGAGAAAGAGAAAGAGACAGGGAGAGAGAGAAAGGAGGAGGUGUCGCGAGUGGUGAGAAAACUGUUUGCAACUUGUCCUAUUUCAGCGGAUGGAGAAACCGACCUAGCCCAGUUUGGUACUGCAUGGUAUUGUACGAGUAUGGGGAGGAAUGCGCUGUCAACUCCUGCCAGCAUGACCUUGUCGACCGCCGGACGCGUUUGUUAUUUGCAGUCGCGGUUGUAAAUCACGACUGUGUCCUUCAUAUCCGCACCUGAGAGCUUCGUGAAUUGAGCUGUGUUUGCGCUUAGAACCUUGUCAUGGAGACUCCUGACUUACCAAUAGAGGUUAUAACACACAUUCUCAGUUACCUUCAAAUGUCUGAUAGAAAGGAGGCAUCACUAGUCUGCAAGAAAUGGUACUUUGCUUCUCAGGACUACCAGUUUCAGAAAAAAGUUACUUACAAGUUUCCUGCCUCUUCUACCCUUUUGGAUGUAAUCAGUGGCCUGGGAAGACGUCCCUGUUAUGGGAUUGAUAUUAGUCACCUUGAUGGCUCCUCUCUUUCCAAAGCUGUUCUUAAGCAAGUGGCAGUUUGUCUUGGAUCUCAACUUGAAAGCUUGUCUCUGAGGGACAGCACAAUCACUGAGUUCUCCUUCUUAGCAGUGCUUCCUCAUUUUUCUGUCCUUCGCAGCUUGGACCUCAGUGGCUCAGACAGCCUUUUUAUGUCAGGCACAUUGUUGUCAAAGCUGGAAAACAAGCACGCUGUCAUGUCUGUUUUGGUUAACCUACAGGAGCUGAACUUAUCAAAUUUGCGAUACCUUUCUGAUCUAACUUUUAACCGGAUCACAGAAUGCACCCCCAAGCUAAGGAAACUUUGUCUAGCUGGCUGCCACAUUACUUUUGAGUUCAACCCUUAUCGUGGAUCUGAGUCUAGCUGUAACUCUACCGCUAUACUGUCUUUGAAGAACAUCCAAAUAUUUCUUGUGAAACAAGCUUCCACCAUUAAAGAGCUCAAUCUAGGCUGGACUGGUAUCACACCUGAAGCUCUAAAAUCUCUGGUGCAGGUGGAGGGCUUAUGUCUAGAUGAGAUCAUCCUUCAAGGCUGUAAGGAUCUUACAGAUCAGGCAAUUGUUAAUCUUUGUAAACUCCAGCCUCAACUUAAAAGUUUGGAUCUCAGCGUCUGUACAGAACUGUCUAGUAAAAGUGUUCUAAACAUAUCUGCCACACUAAAGUAUCUUCAAUCUCUAAAGCUUCAAAAGAAUUGGAGAAUUACAGACAAUGGACUUGCUGAUCUUGUCCAGAGAAAGAGUUUUCACACUUUAGAUGUAUCAGAAUGUAACCAUAUCACUGGUAGUGAGUUGGUGAAAGGCCUGUCAUCUCCAGAAUGUGGUGCUAAACUCAUUUCCCUUAAUUUCAGUUGCUGUGCUAUGAUCAAGGAUAUCACACUGUUCUCAUUGGUCCAGCUGGUUGGCCCAACACUAAGGGUUCUAGACCUUACUUCUUGUUUAUACUUGACGGAUCUGAGUGUUCGUGCCAUCGCCAGUUACUUGCCAGGCUUAGCUGUUCUGCGCAUGGGAUGGUGUAAAGAACUAACUGAUUGGGGUCUUUUAGGAAUGGUGGAGCCCACUGAGGAAUGUGACCCAGACAAAGAAAAGAACGACGGAAGUCCAAAAUUUAGCCGUAAUUUUGGUAACAUGGGUUUCUUCACUCCUCCUAAACUCAUAUUUGAUGAAAAGCCUCGUUUGGUAACUGAAAAUGACCUGGAGAUGUUUAAAGAGCAGGAAGGCGCCUCCCUACUUGCCCUACGAGGCCUUCAAGAGCUUGAUCUAACUGCUUGUGCCAAAUUGACAAACACUAGCAUCACAAAGGUAAUCAGAUUUCAGGAUCUUCGCAGCCUUUCCUUGGCCAUGUUGAACAAUAUUACAGACUCAAGCCUCAUCUCUGUGGCAUCGCACUGCCGUAGUUUGACAAGGCUGAAUAUCAGCCAUUGCUCAAACCUUACAGACUAUGGCUUGACAACAGCUGUUCGCUACCUUCAGCGGCUGCAGUAUCUCCAGAUUGCAUGCUGUGACAAAAUCACAGACCGGUUCUUGUCAGUGCUGGCACAAGAAUGCAAGAGUCUCAAGAGUCUGGAUGUGUGCAUGUGUAGAGAGAUCUCAAUGGCAGGAAUUGAGCAGCUACAAACGGAGCUACCGACUUUGGAGAACAUUAAGACACGUUUUGUGGGUGGGUCUGACCUCAUCUUCUCCCUGUAAAGGAGGGCUCAAUAUUCAGCAUCCUAUGGUGGAGCUUCAAGGAUGCCUUACUUUUUCAUAGUCCUGUUCCAAUAAUAACAGUUUCUGUCAGCAGUUCCACUGGUAUAUUGAAUUUGAUUUAGCAUCAUUGGUAUGCUGUUUCAGUUUUGAAAAUAAUCUUGAAUCACUCCAGUACAAAUGUAUUAUUAAUCCUGUUGCUGGGUUUUUAAGACACCCAAGUGCCUUCUGCUGCUUCCAUGACAAACAGAAAAGUGCUUUGAUUUAUAGAAUUUAUAAAGAGCUUUGGUCAUCUGUUACUUUUGUGAUCUGUAGGGGGCGCACCUGCACUUCAAACACCCAGACACAAUCAAACCACACAGUCACCGGUUCAAGAAGUUUUUAAUUUAAACAAUACCUUCUACUGGUUUCUGUCCCUGUACAAAUUAGAUACAGUUCAGUUCCGUUGUGUUUCUUUCCUUUCCUCUUCUCUUUAACUCCACUCUCCUCCUAACACUGACUCCUUUAUGUACAAGAGGAGGCUUCUGUUAUGCUGGAUCCCAGAGUACUUCCGGUGACAUAGCACAGCAUGUCAGAAGCACUUCCUGGGCCAAGCGGAAGCCCCCCCAAAGUAGUGGGGGUGUUCCCCUGCAGACCCCCCUGGUGGCACAUCUAAGUGCCCCAACAUGGCUGCCUCUCAAAAUUACAGCUCCCAAUAUACCCUGUGGGUGUACAAACAGGAGUUCCACCAGAGGAAUGCUGCCACCCUAUGUAUAGGGGGAACGUAUGACUAGGAAGCAGUCUUCCUCUGUCCUUCCAUUAUGGCCUCCAGGCUGGAAAACAUACCAGGAACCACCCACCUGGGAUAUGUGCCCUUCCACAUCUCAUAAUAGCCUCCUGACUGGGAAAGGUACCACUAACCAACCUGGUCGGAAUGCCCAUCCAUCUAUGUCCUUCCUUUAUUCCACCGCAACCAGUGUACCAGUCAACCCAGGUCUUCUAUGACACGUUUUAAUAAAAGUGCUCUGAUCGGAGAGUCUUACAUUGAAGGGUUAGUUGUAAAAAGUUAACAUUUGGGCAUUUAAAUGCUUAUAGUUCAUAAAUAGGGUUGGUAUAUUGUUGCAAAGGUUAGUGCAGAUGCCUUACAGAUCAUGGGUACAGAUCCCAGUUGUCCCUCCCUAAGUGGUAUUUACACAUUCACUUUAAUCUGAGUAGUCCAGUUUUCUCCCAUAUCCAGUAUUAUAAACAUUUUAAAAGCAGAACUUGUCCUCUUCACAAGGUAUGUCUAACACCUUCCACAUAGAAAGUGUAAUGAAAAAGGUUAUGUUUGUUUUAAAUGAUGCAUUCUCACGUAAAGUAUGUUAUCCAUAUGAAUGAUGGCUAUAAAUACCUUGCUUUGUGAAUCCGCUGCAGUAACCUGGAGGUGUUUUUAGCAGCAGCAGUUCUAGGCAGGGCCCAGCUCUGGACAGGAUACCAAUUCCUCACUCAUGAGCUACAGUGGCGCUUGAAAGUUAGUGAACCCUUCAAAAUAUUCCUGCAUAAAUAUGAUUUAAUACAUCAUCUGAUUUUCACACAAGUCCUAAAAGUAGAUAUGGAGAACCCAGCUAAACAAAUGGGACAAAAUAGCAGUUGGUCAUUUCCUGUAUUUAUUGAGGACAAUCACUCGGUAUUACAUAUCUGUGAGUGGCAAAAGUGUGUGAACCUUUGUUUUUAGUAUUUGGUUUGACCCCCUUUUGCAGCAAUAACUGCAACUAAAUGUUUCCAGUAGGUCUUGAUCGGUCCUGCACAUCAGCGUGGAGGAAUUUUAGCCCAUUCCUCCAUGUGUGAUUGCCUCAACUCAGGGAUGUUGCUGGGUUUUUUUUUCUUCAAAUAAACUGCACGCUUCUGGUCCAUCCACAGUAUUCCUGUUGGGUUAAGGUCAGGACUUUGACUUGGCCAUUCCAAAACCUUUAUUCUUCUUCAGUCACUAUUUGGUAGAAUGACUUGUGUACUUGGGGUUGUUGUCUUGCUGCAUGAGCCAGUUUCUCUUGAGAUAUAGUCCACGGACAGCUGUCCUUACUUUCUCCUUUAGAAUUCACUGGUAUAAUUCAGAAUUCAUUUUCUUCUCCACAAUGGCAAGCUGUCCUGACCCAGACCCAGCACAACAGGCCCAAAGCAUGAUACUACUGCCACCAUGUUUCACAGAUGGGAUGAGGUUCUCAUGCUGGAACGCAGCGUUUUUCUUUCUCCAAAAUAACAUUUUAUUUGAACUAAAAAGUUCAAUUUUGGUCUUGCCUGUCCAUAAAAUAUUACUCCAAUAGCUUUCAGGCUUGGUCACAUGCUCUUCAACAAACUAGAUGGGAAGCAAUUUUUUUUUUUUGGAAAGCAGCGACUUUCUCCUUGCAACCAUGCCAUGCACACCACUGUUGUGUUAUGAUGAUGUUUUAAGUCAUAUUUAUGCAGGAAUAUGGAAAAUUUAACAGGUUCACUAACUUUCAAACUCCACUAUACAUCCACUAUUGUUCAAACUGUGGCAUUAGUAUCUUUGGGAUACCAUCAAGGGAGGAGUACGAGGCACAGUGCCAGGCUUAUAGGUAAAUGUCUUCAAGACACAAUCAAAAAGCCGAUUUCUUUCAUUCUGACUAGACAUAAAACUAAUGAUAUAAUAAUUGUCUGUCCCAUUUGGUUAUUAAUUUGCACACACAGAUUGAUGGACAAGCCACUUUUAUAUUGCAUACCUAAUUGUAAAGUAUACUAGAUCCAGUAACUGAACAUUUUAGAACAUACUUAAUUGCUGUCUCAUGUACAAUUCAUAGUAGUCUGAGUCAGGUGGCAUGAGGGAGAAUAUAAACAUGUUCAUGGAUUUAACAGUCCACUUUACAGUAGACUGGCCCCAAAACUAUUAUUAUAUGGAACACAUUAGAUAAGAAUCAGCUUGGUGCAAACAAGACCAACACUGAACCCUUAUAUCUGCACCCUGUUUUUUUUGGCUGCAGUAAGGAACCAGGAGACUGACACUAUGAUGUACCAAACUGCUUUGUUGUUCUUCUGUAUAAUCAACCUUAACAUAAAAUAUUUUGUGAAUGUAACCAUUGUUUUGUUUAUCCAUCCAUUCCUGGACAUGGUUGGAACAUGCAGAAGGUGAGUCUAUUAGAGCUGUCAGUUAUACCACCAACCAAGCCAAAUUCAUUGAAAACAUGCAGUGGGUGCAUCAUUCCUCAGAUUAGCAGAGCAGUAUAUGAAAGUGUGAGGCCCCACUGAAUGAGUCAUUUUCUGAUGUACAUUUAUAGCCUUUGUUUUUAGAUUUGUCAUGCCCUAAUCUCUUCUUUUUUACAUUAAGCAAAACAACAGCUUUUCGAAAUGGAAUAUUCAGUUGAGAUACUGUAUACCAUACCAUACCAUUUUUAUUUGUUAAGCGCUUAAAAACACAGCAUUACAACUGACCGAAGCGCUAAUAUGUAUGUAUAAAAUGUUGUUAUAAAGAAAUAUGGGCGGACUCCAUUUGGUCUACUAUCAUACUUUCAAGCUACUGAAGCAAGGCUCUCUUCGUUCACUAGGCUAUAGAGGACCAAUGCUGGAGAGCAAGUGAUAUGUCCCAGGAAAUAAAGCAUUAUGGCCAGAAAUAAGCACACUUCCUGUUUGGAAAUAUAAGGUGUAUUGAAGGUCCAAUCAAUUUCUAAAGGGAAGAAGAAGAAGAGUGCAAAUGGGGUUGGGGAUUAAUGUCACAUUCAGAUUCUAAAUGCUACAAUUUUAACAACUAGUCACCCUUCCUUUACGUUUACUUUUUUUCCAGUGUAGGGUGAUAUGCAAAUCACUUUAAAAAGACACCUUAGUAGAAAAAUAUUGUAAAUGUCAUUUUAUUUUCCAAAAUAAAAAUUCAGUCCCACAA